CACAAACAAAUUAUUCUGCACAUGGAUGGAAAAAAUUAGAGGGGACAUUGGCCCCCAGUGCCAGCCAGCUUCCGUGUUGCCCUCAGGAAAUGAGAUAAGAACGGCCAUACUGGGUCAGACCAGAGGUCCACGUAGCCCAAUAUCCUGUCUGCCGACAGUGGCCAAUACCAGAUGCUCAAGAGGCAAGGAACACAACAGGAGGCUGCCACGAGGGCGUGUUUCACAGAAAAGUGCCCAUGAGGGGCGAUGAAAAUGCCUGAAGCAAAGCUGCCAACGUGCCGGCGGGAAGUACAGCCGCACCACGGCCGCUGCAGGUGCCUGGGUCAGUCAGCUGCAGCAUGCACAGCUCUGAGAGCCUUCCGGGCAAAGGUACCGCAUGGACGUAACAGGGCGUUGUUACAUAAGUACAGAAGUUGCGAGGGAGUUGGGGUCACAGGUGAAGAGAGCGAAGAUGUGUCCAGUCGGCCUGUGGAGCUUCGUUCCAGCCCUGCUUUGGCUCGUCACCUGGCCACUGGGAUCUGGGGACCCCGGCACCUGCCCAGAGGUGAAGGUGGUGGGUCUCUCCGGCGCUGACAAACUCACCAUAUUGCAGGGAUGUCCCGGUAUGCCUGGGGAAAAGGGGGCACCCGGACAACCUGGCCUGAAAGGAGCUGCGGGACCACCCGGGAAAGCGGGACCGAAAGGGGAAAGAGGAGACCACCCCGACCCGUCUGUCCUCUGCCAGAACGGGCCAAGGAGCUGCAAGGAGCUUGUGGACCAAGGGGAGUUCCUGAGCGGCUGGCACACCAUCUACCUGCCGGCCUGCCGGCCACUCAGGGUUUUCUGUGACAUGGACACCGACGGCGGAGGCUGGCUGGUGUUCCAGAAGCGCAUGGACGGCUCCGUGGAUUUCUUCCUCCCCUGGAGCUCCUACAAGAAGGGCUUUGGGAGCCAGCUCUCCGAGUUCUGGCUGGGCAAUGAGAACAUCCACCUACUCACCCAAGAGGGUGAGUUCCAGCUCCGUGUGGACCUGGUGGAUUUUAACGGCAGCAGCUCCUUUGCCAGCUACCGGUCGUUCAAGCUCAAGGGGGAAGAGGACAAAUACGAGCUUGUUCUGGGGACGUUUCUCGGCGGCUCUGCAGGUGACUCCCUGAGCCUCCACAACGGGAGGCCUUUCUCCACCUAUGACCACGACAACGACAGCGGGACGCAGAACUGCGCAGUCACUGUGCAUGGGGCCUGGUGGUACACCAACUGUUACCGUGCCAACCUGAACGGGGGCUAUGCGGUGGGGGAGCAGCAGAGGCAGAAAUACAGCAUCGACUGGGUGUCCGGCCAGGGUGUGGGGAACCCCUACAAGCGCACGGAAAUGAAGAUUCGCUAGAUGGGGUUCCCUCCCAACCUGUGCAUCUGGGGCACACCCCAGGCAUCAGGACUGAGAUGCCACAUAGAUCCUCUUGCUGCAAACCAGCUUCUUCUCCCCCUGCAGCAGCCUCUGUGUCUCCAACGAUCCCACCCCCUCCCACCUCUGGAGGAAUAAAAGGCACCUUCCUGGGACCACACAAGACCCCAAUGCAUCCCCAGGGUCCCACAAGGGCAGUCUGGGAAACUGGGAAGAUCCUCACUCUCCUAACCUUGUCAUCUGGCAGUGCACUGAGUUGUGUCCAGAUUCACAGGAGGCUGCGUAGAGCCAACACCUGCUCAGAGGCAAAUAGGCCAAGCUGAGCUUCAGGCAUGUUCCCACACCGUGUGGCAGCAUUUGAUCCUUUGCAGGAACAGCUUUCCAAUCAAGCUGACCAGCUCAGGAUUAUAGAACUAUAGGGUGUGUGUGUGUGUCCAUACAUAUCAUUAUGCAUUUGUAUGCAUCACACGCCCAUUUACACACAUGCUGAGGGUUACUCUGGCGUCUAUUUCAGACGAUACGCUGCUGCGUUCUGGGCACUCAAUAAAAGCAUUGCUCCUGGC